AUGAGUCAGAGGCUCAGCAGAGCACAAAACCUAAAACGGAAGCGCCACGAGUCCAAGUUGGUGGGCCCCGCUCUUCGUAUUUCUCUCUCUCUCUCUCUCUCUCUCUCUCACGCGCACACUCUAACGAGCAACCAACGAGAAACCGGUGAACGAAAUCAACGAAACGCAAACCCUCUUCUUCUUCCUUCGCUUGCUUCCCUUUUCUCCGUUCCUUCUUCGCCCCAAUUUCUCCCUCUCUAUCUCUCUCGGUUUUUUCCACUCGCAAGCCAGCAAGCAAUGGUGUCCGACUCGGAGUUAAUCGGCAGGCUGCGGGAGUUCCUCAAGAAUUCGGACCUCGAGACCACAACCACCACAAUCGUCCGGCGGAAGCUGGAGGAAGAUUUCGGGGUGGAUUUGUCCGAUAAGAAGGGUUUCAUCAGGGAGCAGGUCGACCUGUUCCUGGAAUCGCAGUUCGAGGAGCAGGCCGUCGAUGUCGCAGGGGGCAAUGAAGACGAAGGAGAAGGGAGCGCCGCCGAUGAUGGGAAAUCGGAGGGGAACGAGGGCGAUGAAGUGGAGGAAGAAGACGAGGAGGAGGAGGAGGAAGUAGAAGAAGCAGUGAGAAGAUCGAGUAAGCGGAAGACUCGAGCCAAAGGCAGGUCUAGGAAGCAACCUGAAGAAGGCAAAAAGAGAGGAGGGGGUGGUUUUACCAAAUUGUGCCGCCUGUCUCCUCAACUUGAGGAGUUUCUUGGGGCUCCUGAAAUGGCUAGAACAGAGGUGGUCAAACAAUUAUGGGCUUACAUCAAAGAGAAAGAGUUGCAAGACCCGAGUAAUAAGAGAAACAUACUCUGUGAUGAACCAUUGCGUGCAAUUUUUAGUGUCGACUCAAUCAACAUGUUUCAAAUGAAUAAAGCCCUCACGAAGCAUAUUUGGCCAUUGGAUUCAGAUGAUGUAAUUCCAGUCAAGACAGCUACACAGAAGGAAAAGGAAAAGAAGCAAGAGAGUGAAGAAGAACCAGAUGAUCCAGGAAGGAAAGAGAAGCGACAAAAAACCGGAAACAAAGGAUUUAUGGCCCCUCUUCAGCUCUCGGAUCCCCUAGUGAAGUUCCUUGGUACCGGCGAAAAUGCACUGUCUCGAUCCGAGGUCAUCAAGAGAAUGUGGGACUACAUAAAGCAGAAUAACCUACAGGAUCCAUCCGAUAAGAGGAAAAUACUAUGCGACGAGAAGCUGAAAGAACUGUUUGAUGUUGAUUCCUUCGUCGGCUUCACAGUUACAAAACUCCUAUCCGCUCAUUUCGUGAAGAGCUGACACGAACGCGGAUCUCUGGUCAUUUUGCCGAGGUUUUGAUCAGAGGACAGGACGAGUGGUUCCUGUUUUUGGAGGGUGGGUCUGACUUACUAUAGUCCCCCGGAAGAAGAAUGAAGGGAGGAUGUGUCGGUGGCCUAAAUCCACGGCUGUCUCUUUUCCUUUCUGCCCUUCUUAGUUCUCAAUCUGUAGUUUCUUCUUUGCUCUCAUCUUCAUGCUGUACAUUUUCUUAGUCCACUGCCCCAGAAAAUCAACAGGGCAAAUAGGAGAUCGACUGUUUUUUCUUCUUCCUUUUGUUAGGUGUACUGUAAUGACAGACAAAUUGUUCCUUUUUUAACACAGUGCAAGUUUUCUUAGAAGCUGUCCAGAUCUUCCUUUUACCUUGAC